GUUUAUCAGAUGGACAUUUAUCUACAGCUGUGAACUCAACCUCUGAGGACGGGAAGGUACGCUACUUUUAUCAGAAAAACAUUGUUACUGAAAUGUGUUAAUGUCAUCAAACCCUGAAAGGCAGAUUUGGGACCACUAAUUGCUCCAUGAGGAAUGAAAGGCCAUGGCGUUGAUGGGGCUCCAUCUCCUGGCGUUGGCCUUGUGGACCGGUGUUGGAGUGAAGCUGGAGGUUGGGGCAGAACAGAUGAAGCCGGCCCGGGCUCCCCUGAUCCCUCACCGGCCUUUUGUUGUUGUUUGGAAUGCUCCUACUGAGUCCUGCCGCCUCCGAUUCAAGGUGGACCUGGACCUCAGUGUUUUUGACAUCGUGGCAAACCUCAACGAAACUCUCAGUGGACCAAAUGUCACAAUUUUUUACCAUAGCCACUUGGGAUACUACCCGUUUUACUCAAACUCUGGGAUCCCCAUUAAUGGUGGGCUGCCACAAAACCAGAGCAUCUCCAAACACCUGAGCAAGGCCCGGGUCGACAUCGACAAACUGAUCCCCCACAAGGAUUUUCGAGGCCUGGGCGUCAUCGACUGGGAGAACUGGAGGCCUCAGUGGGUCAGAAACUGGGGAGCCAAGGACAUCUACCGCAACAAGUCAAAAGAACAGAUCCGGAAACUUCAUCCGAACUGGCCAGAUAGCAAAGUGGAAAAGGAGGCAAAGGAACGUUUUGAGAGAGCUGGACAAGCUUUCAUGAACCUGACGUUGGCCCUGGCUGAAGGUCGCAGGCCGGAGGGACUGUGGGGCUUUUACCUUUUCCCAGACUGCUACAACUAUGGAUACAAGCAGCACCCACAGCGCUAUACUGGUGAAUGUCCGAAUGUGGAGCAUGUUCGCAAUGAUCACCUGAUGUGGCUUUGGAGGGAGAGCACGGCCCUCUACCCAUCGAUCUACCUGGACUAUGAGCUCAAAUCUUCCCCAAACACUGUCAAGUUCGUCCAUUACCGAGUCAAGGAAGCCAUGAGGAUUGCAUCCAUUGCUCGUAUGGACUUUACAUUACCUGUGUUUGUCUACUCCAGACCUUUCUACGCCUACACCUUUGUGGUUCUUUCAGAGAGUGACCUGGUUCACACCAUCGGGGAGAGCGCUGCUUUGGGAGCAUCAGGCGUCGUCCUCUGGGGAUCAUCAGAGUACGCCCGAUCACAGAGGAACUGUCUGACAGUGAAGAAGUACAUUGAUGGUCCCCUGGGGCAUUAUGUCAUCAACGUCACCUCGGCUGCCAAACUUUGCAGCAAAGCACUGUGCAAGAAGAAUGGUAGGUGUGUCCGUAAAAGCCUGGACUCAGCAGCCUAUCUGCACCUGAACCCACGCUUCUUCCACAUCCACCGCAACCCCACCCCCAGGGGACCCCGUUUCCACGUCAGCGGUCACCUCAACAACCACGACAUCCUGGACAUGAAGCAUAAAUUCACCUGCCAGUGUUACCAGGGAUGGACGGGCGUGUACUGCGAGAUUCCACAGGCCCCUCCCCCACCCCCUCCUCCUCCGCCUCAGCCAGCCAUCCCCCUGCCUCACCCCAGAGAGAACAGCCUGCUGGGAGAUAUCCUGCUCCUCCUCUCGCUGCAUUUUUCCUGCCUCUGUAUCAUCAUGUUCCUGGGACUCUGUCUGAUUAUCAAGUGCCUCAUACUAUAAGAACGACAGAAACUCAGGAGGACUGGAAAGUAAGAAAUAAAAGUGUUAGUCAAUGUUUAAACAGC